AUGUCUUCGAACGAAGAAAAGCCCCUCCUCCACAAUGACCAGGCCAUUGACCCCAGCGCACAGCCCGUCGACAGCGAGAACGACCUGGCGACUGCCAUUCUCCGUAAGAAGGCCGCGCCCAACAAGCUCAUGGUCGACGAGGCCGAAAACGAUGACAACUCGGUGGCCAUCAUCUCACAGAACGUCCUUGAGAAACUAGAUCUUUUCCGCGGCGACACCAUUCUCAUCAAGGGCAAGAAGCGCAAGGACACCGUGCUGAUUGUCAUCCCCGACGAGUCCUGCGAGGACAACAAGAUCAAGCUUAACCGUGUUGCCCGCAACAACCUGCGCACACGCCUUGGCGACAUUGUCUCUAUCCACCCGCUGCCCGACAUCAAGUACGGCAAGCGCAUCCAUGUGCUGCCCAUCGACGACACCAUCGAGGGCCUGACCGGCGACCUGUUUGAGGUCUACCUCAAGCCCUACUUUGUCGAGGCUUACCGCCCCGUCCGGAAGGGUGACAACUUUUUGGUCCGCGCCGGCAUGCGCGCCGUCGAGUUCAAGGUCGUCGAAACCGACCCCGAGGAGUACUGCAUUGUUGCGCAGGACACGGUCAUCCACACCGAGGGCGACCCCAUCAAGCGCGAGGACGAGGAGCAGGCCAUGAACGAAGUUGGCUAUGACGACAUUGGUGGCUGCCGCAAACAGAUGGCCCAGAUUCGCGAACUGAUUGAGCUGCCCCUGCGCUACCCGCAGCUGUUCAAGUCUAUCGGUAUCAAGCCUCCCCGCGGUAUCCUCAUGUACGGCCCGCCGGGUACCGGUAAGACCCUGAUUGCCCGCGCCGUGGCUAACGAGACAGGCGCCUUCUUCUUCUUGAUCAACGGCCCUGAGAUCAUGUCCAAGAUGGCCGGUGAGUCCGAGUCCAACCUGCGCAAGGCCUUCGAGGAGGCUGAGAAGAACAGCCCUGCAAUUAUCUUCAUUGAUGAGAUUGACGCCAUCGCGCCCAAGCGCGAGAAGACCAACGGCGAGGUCGAGCGCCGUGUCGUAUCCCAGAUGCUCACCCUCAUGGACGGCAUUAAGGCGCGUUCCAACGUUGUUGUCAUGGCGGCCACCAACCGGCCCAACUCCAUUGACCCGGCCCUGCGUCGCUUCGGCCGCUUCGAUCGCGAGAUUGAUAUUGGCAUCCCCGACCCCAUCGGCCGUCUGGAGAUCCUGCGCAUCCACACCAAGAACAUGCGCCUGGGCGACGACGUCGACCUUGAGAAGAUUGCCUCGGAGACCCACGGCUACGUUGGUGCUGAUGUUGCCGCCCUGUGCUCGGAGGCUGCAAUGCAGCAGAUCCGCGGCAAGAUGGACCUGAUUGACCUCGAGGAGGAUGAGAUCGACGCCUCAGUGCUCGACUCGCUGGCCGUCACCAUGGACGACUUUAGAUACGCUCUUGGAGUGUCCAACCCCUCCGCCCUGCGCGAGACCGUCGUCGAAGUGCCCACGACCAGAUGGAGCGACAUUGGUGGCCUCGAGAACGUCAAGCGCGAGCUCCAGGAGACCGUGCAGUACCCUGUCGAGCACCCCGAAAAGUUCCUCAAGUUUGGCAUGGCCCCAUCCAAGGGUGUUCUGUUCUAUGGUCCCCCUGGUUGUGGUAAGACUUUGCUCGCCAAGGCCAUUGCCAACGAGUGCCAGGCCAACUUUAUCUCGAUCAAGGGCCCCGAGCUGCUCACCAUGUGGUUUGGAGAGUCCGAGGCCAACGUGCGCGACGUCUUCGACAAGGCGCGUGCCGCCGCUCCUUGCGUCAUGUUCUUUGAUGAACUCGACUCGAUCGCCAAGGCUCGUGGUGGCGGCUCUGGCGGCGAUGCCGGAGGCGCCGGCGACCGCGUGCUCAACCAGAUCCUGACCGAGAUGGAUGGCAUGAACGCCAAGAAGAACGUCUUUGUCAUCGGUGCCACUAACCGUCCCGACCAGAUCGACGGUGCCCUGCUGCGUCCCGGCCGUCUCGACCAGCUCAUCUACAUCCCCCUGCCCGACCUCGACUCGCGCCUGUCCAUUCUCAAGGCCACCCUACGCAAGUCACCCCUGGCGCCCGACGUCGACCUCAAGUUCAUUGCCGAUAAGACCGUUGGCUUCUCCGGUGCCGAUCUCACUGAGAUCUGCCAGCGCGCGUGCAAGCUGGCCAUCCGCGAGAGCAUCGAGGCCGAUGUGCGCCGCAUGCGCGAGCGCGCUGAAAUUAACGGCGAGGAUGCUGCGAUGGAGGAGGAUGACGAGGACGUUGUUGAUCUUGUCCCCGAGAUCACUGUCGCUCAUUUCGAGGAGGCCAUGCGCUAUGCUCGCCGCUCCGUGUCUGACAACGACAUCCGUCGCUACGAGAUGUUUGCCCAGAACAUGCAGCAGUCCCGCGGCUUUGGCGCGUUCAAGUUCCCCAAGGGUGGCGUGGCUGAGAGCAGCAGCAACAACAACACCAGUGGCGAGGCCCAGGCUGCCGCCCCGGCUGCCGGCAACCAGUUUGCCGACGAUAACGCCGACGAGGACCUGUACUCGUAA